UUAAUUGGCCUGCCAUCCGCAUGGAGGAAACCCAAAUGAAAGCGAUGACGUGGCCGCCGGGCUAACUCGACGUAGCCCCCGAAGAAAGAAAACCAGGAUUUGAGGAAGGCGGCUACUCGUAUCAAGACACCGCACACUUCCUGUCCCGGCAGGAAAUAGGCGGGCGGGUGUUUGGAGGUCCAGGCUAUGUGUGUGUGUGUGGUGGGGGUUGGCGCUGAGGGUGAGGUUGCCAGACGGCACGAGACAAGUUCGGAGCCGCACAAGAAAGGAAAAGACAUUUCAAGUCCGGUAGGAGGAGUCAGCCAUGUUGCCGCUGCCCCCGUCCGUCUUUCUUCAGCUGUUGGUUUUCGCACUCACCCUGACGACGGGGUCCGCCGCCCUCGACUGGCGCCGGCGCUACGUGCUGCAUCCCUCGCCGCUCCCCUUUGAGCAAGCGCAGGAGGUGUGCCUCCCCUACGGUUUGGCCUCCUUCGCCAGACCGCAGGAGCUCGCCCGAAUCCUCGCCGCGAUUGCCGAGUCGCCGCCGGCCGGGUCGCCCACCUUCUGGGUGGGGCUGAAGAAGGCCAAGAACCAGUGUGUGGUCCCCUCGCUGCCCCUCAGAGGCUUCAAAUGGACCCAGGGGGGCGAGGACACAAGCGAGACCCUCUGGGCUCACGAGCCGGAACAGACCUGCACGUCAGUUCUCUGUGCGGGAAUCGUCGCCCAGUCGGAUGGGUCCGCGAUCACCGACUGGGGGCUGGUGCCGCUCAGCUGCAAGACCAAGAACCGCUUCAUAUGCAACCUGGAGUCAGACGACGGGGGACUCGCUGGACCCCAAUUUGCUAGUCCUGAGCUUGCUACACCUCAACCUGCUGGACCAGAAUCAUCUCAACCGGAAUCUGCAAGACCUGAAUCUGCUGGACCCACAACAACCGGGCCAGAAUUUACCAGACCUGAAUCGGAGGGACCUGAAUUAUCUGAGCAAAAACCAGAAAUACCAGAGCCACCGACACCUGGACCUGCUGGACGAGAAGGUGUUGGACCCGAAUCUGCUACACCUGAACCUGCUCUACCUGAACUGUCAGAAAGACCGGAGACACCAAAACCUGGACCUGUCGGACCGGAUCUUGUUGGACCCGAAUCUACUCAUCCUGAAACCGCCGGACCUGAACCAAAGGAACCCGGAAGAAGACCCGAUGAGCCAGGCCAUGAUGCCGGUGCAGAAUCAGGAUCUGGCUCGUGCCUCCACCCCGUGGUUGCCGGAGCUCGUUUCCUCAGUCUGGACCCUGACAACAGCAGCAGGAUCCAAGUGGACUGCUGGUCCAAAGUCCGUCUGGAUCUGCACUGCUGGGGCCGGGGCGGAGUGUGGCGCCUAGCGGGUGGCGCCCCCGCCAACCUGAGCACCGUUUGCACCCCGUGCGGAACCGGGUACCGCAAGGACAUCCUGGGGGACUGCGUGGACGUGGACGAGUGCUCGGAGCCGCACGGGUGCCGCCACGAGUGCGUCAACACGGCGGGCUCCUACACGUGCGUGUGCGCCCAGAACGGGACGCUGUGCGAGCCCGCCGAGAGCGACGCCCCCGGGCCCUUCGCGGGGGUGCUGGUGCCGGCCCUGGUGGGGGCGGCGAUAGCUCUGGUGGUUCUCGCCCUCGUUGCCGGUUUGAUGAUUUGGUGCUGCCUGAGGAGGCGCAGCAAGAAGCAAAAGGAGGCUGAACAAAGAGACAACUUGGCCUCGUGAGUGUUGAGGUGGUGGUGAAGUCAUUUGUUCUCGCCAAUGACAUCACAGUUACGAAUCAGUGAUGGAUUGUUCGCUGAUUGAUGACAUCACGGUGAUUGUUUUUUUGUAUUUUUUUUUGUGACACACAAAUUCACAUCCAGGAAGAAACACUGACGUAGACGUGCACGUACACGGCAGACUCCUGCUUAGCAGAAAACCCAGUAAGAGGACUCCCCCUGGUGGCAGCCGAGUGCACGUGCUCUGAGGGUUGCUGGGCAAUGUAGGCCGCCGUCAUCUGCGCGCAGUUUCCCUAAUUGGCCACCAGGUGGCAGCGUCCAAUUGACAUUCUUCAGCGCGCGCACACUCCCUCGAGCAGCACAGUGUCGGAAAUCAGUGAGGGGGCGUGGUAUAGAAAUAUGGUGGGGAUUGCGUCAUCGAUCAGUUUGUUUGGAUGUUUUGACGUAGCGCCUGCUUUGUGACACGUCAAUGAAAUGACGGACGGCAAAUAUUAUUAUUAGUCCAACGGUCGGAUUGUUCGGCAAAUCAAGCGUCACUGGUGUAAUUAUUAUUAGUUUGUUUAUUUGAAUCACAAUCUUAAUAAUAUUGAAACGUUGUUCCAAUAAAUUAUGGCCAGAAAUGAAAUCAUCGAUGUACAAAUGAAACAUUAUUUUUUUCGUAUGUUUUUAAAACGCACGCGUCGAAAUAAUGAAAAAAAGGUCGAAAUAGUCAUUUUAAAAAUCUAUACUUUUUAUUUGAAGGGGUGAAACAAAAAACAAAACAAUUCGUUGCAUUUGAAAGAGAAUUAAAGUUGUGGCGAUUGAAACCAUCCUGCUUUGCAUUUAUUUUCUUGACACCAACAUUCAGAUUGUUCAUGAAAUCGUUUUGCGCAUUUUGGGUAUGAUUGAAUUUUGUCAUGAUGAAUACAAAUACUGUAGUCGACAACCGAUGUUGAAAUUGUUAUUGGGUGGAGCGUAGCUCAAAUAUAUAAUUUUUAUUUUUAAUGUUUUGAACACGCCAUCCAUUUGCCACGAUGUUUAAGCACUAUAUAAUAAUGACAUUUUAAAAUAAAACACCUCUAAAUGUUGAA